UACCUUCUCGAUCAGUCGACCCCGUGCAACGCGGCACGCCGGUUGCCGCGUGAUAAUUGUGUCUACGUACGUAGUGUUUUCCUUUGCGGCAAAUCGCCGGAAUCGUAAAAAGUUAAAAUUGUAAUUGCUAAGGGUUGUCAUCAAGUGGUAAAAAAAAGAACAGGAUUACGAAACGAGAAGUGACGAAGAUUCAUCUCUGGAAACGAUAUUUUGGAGGGAGGGGGAUGAAAAGAGAGCCGAGUUAGUGGAAGCAAUUUUGAGAGACGACAACGAAGACAUCGGGAUAGGCGAUUUCUGAAGCGUGCAAAAUCCUAAGAAACUAGACACGUGCUGAAAACUCGACGAGCUUAUUUUUGCGCAAAGGACGCUCAGUGAAAUACCGCCUGCAAAUAAUGAUGAUUAAAUAGUUGAACUCUCACAGUGCUACUUCUAGUGAUCACGCUCGCGAGAACAUCAAUCGCGAUCGAUUCAACAAGCGAGACAAUCGUUUCUUAUCGAAUAGAAGAAUAUUCAAUUUUACCAUGAGUUUUUGGAUGAAUUGUCCGUCCUCGUUGUUGCUGUUGCUGUUAGGCCUGAGCCUGCAUAGCGCGUGCAUCACGCGAGCGAACGUCGCCGGCCAGCAUGGUGGCCAGGACAAUGGUCACGAUGAUCCUCUGUUGGUGGAGACUACGAGCGGCUUGAUGCGCGGUUUCUCCCGUACAGUGCUUGAACGCGAGGUCCACGUAUUCUACGGAGUGCCGUUCGCGAAACCCCCCGUCGGUCCGUUGCGGUUUCGCAAGCCGCUGCCGAUCGAACCCUGGCACGGAAUCCUGAAUGCUACCACAUUGCCCAACAGUUGCUACCAGGAGCGUUACGAGUAUUUUCCUGGUUUCGAGGGUGAGGAGAUGUGGAACCCAAACACCAACAUCUCUGAGGAUUGUCUCUAUCUAAACAUCUGGGUGCCACAGAAGCUACGUCUACGUCACAAACCUGAGUCACAGGACAACGCCGGUAAUAAUGGCAUGGCGAUAUUAGUAUGGAUCUACGGCGGCGGCUUCAUGAGUGGUACUGCCACUCUGGACGUUUAUGACGCCGACCUUAUGGCAGCGGCCGGCAAUGCAAUAAUCGCAUCGAUGCAGUACCGAGUCGGUGCUUUCGGCUUUCUGUACCUCAAUCAGCACUUUACCAACAGUGAGGAGGCACCGGGCAAUAUGGGCCUUUGGGAUCAAGCUUUGGCUCUCAGGUGGCUGCGCGAAAAUGCGCGCGCUUUCGGCGGCGAUCCCGAUUUGAUUACAAUUUUCGGCGAAUCCGCAGGCGGCAGUUCGGUAUCUCUACACCUGAUCUCACCAGUUACACAGGGUCUAGUACGCCGGGGGAUUCUUCAAAGUGGCACUCUGAACGCCCCAUGGAGUUACAUGACCGGCGAAAAGGCGAAUGAGGUGGCCCGAGUAUUGGUAGACGAUUGUGGAUGUAAUUCGACGAUGCUGCAGGAAAACCCGGCGCGAGUUAUGGCCUGUAUGAGGUCGGUGGAUGCAAAAACCCUCUCCGUGCAGCAGUGGAACAGUUAUUGGGGCAUCCUCGGCUUUCCGUCGGCGCCCACUAUUGACGGCGUCUUUCUACCUAAGGAUCCGUUGGACUUGGUCAGGGAGGCGGACUUCAAAGACACCGAGAUCCUGAUUGGAAAUAACGAAAACGAAGGAACGUACUUUAUUCUGUACGAUUUUAUUGACUUCUUCGAGAAAGAUCAAGCCAGUUUUCUCGAACGAGACAAGUUUCUCAACAUCAUUAAUACCAUUUUCAAGAAUAUGUCACAAAUCGAGCGAGAAGCCAUCAUUUUCCAAUAUACCGAUUGGGAUCAGAUAAAUGACGGCUAUAAGAAUCAGAAAGCGAUAGCGGAUGUCGUGGGCGAUUAUUUCUUCAUCUGCCCAUCCACGCAUUUCGCUCAGUUGUUUGCAGAUCGUGGCAUGAAGGUCUACUAUUACUUCUUCACGCAGAGGACGAGUACCAAUGUAUGGGGCGAAUGGAUGGGUGUGAUGCACGGUGAUGAGGUAGAAUAUGUCUUCGGGCAUCCUUUGAACCAAUCUCUGGUAUACAACGCCAAAGAGCGAGAUCUGGCUUCCAGAAUAAUUCGCUAUUUCUCGCAAUUCGCAUACACAGGGAUACCGACACUGGAUGAGGCCGAUUGGCCGCCUUACACCAGGGACCGACCGCAAUACUUUAUUUUGGACGCGGAGAAGAAAGGUUUCGGCAGAGGUCCACGCACGACGGCCUGCGCAUUUUGGAACGAAUUUCUGCCGCGGCUAAGGGGGAUUCCUGAUCCUACACCCGAGGCGUGCAAAGGCACAAUAGCUUCGAGCGUUUUAGCGAGUGCCGGCGAGCUGCGUGGAUCGACACCGAUCGUGUCCAUCCUCUUACUUCCGGUGCUGGCGGUACAUAGAUUCAUAUAAGUGAUUAAUCAUCUAUGUCAACAAACCCUUUACACGGCUGGCAGGUACCCGGCUGGACAGAAACGCUCCACUCUGGCGCCACCGUCCGACAAACAGGUCCUAUAACGAGCGUUGUUUACGCUUCAAGGUCGCAUUAGCGAUCGUUAAACAUUCGUAGAUUGAUAUAAGCCCGCCGUAGGACGUACAGUUAUCGUCCUAUCGUACAGCAGUAGUCCGUUUUCACUGUGUCGUUACGUCACCGGCACCGGUAGCACAGCGCGACGUUUGCGAAUGAUAAUCAAGAUGCCCCUAACGGGGGCUUCGCUUCGAGAUAGUCGAUCGAUCUAGACGAAAAUCGCGCGAUUGUCGAUAGAAAAUUCGUAACAAAAAGCCGUCGAAUGAUCGACGUCAGCAGGAUCCGAUUCGCACAUCUGGGUUGUACUCCACCUUUAUCUCGUGCAGCCGCGCGCAUUGCUCUGGAUUCCAAUAAUUCUUUCUCUCUGAUUCGCUGUCUCUUGCAAAAUCCGUUCUUACUGAUUCUCAUCGAUCUCAGGACUUGAUCGAUCUUAUCGUAGAUUUGAUUGUUAGUGCGAGAUACAGUUACUGCGACAAAAACUUGCACGAAUUUAUAUCGUAAUUUCUCGUGACAUGGAAACUUUUAAAUCGAUCACCAUAAAUCAAACACGGGCAAUGCUUAUCGGAAUAUGAUCGAUUGGAGGUCAAUGCCUAAUUGAUUAUAAAAAUGGCGAUUGCCAAAAAAAAACCGUAAUCGAAUUAGGGAAUUCUUGAUACGGACUCAAAAAAUAGGUCAUUCCCGCAACGAAGAUUAAACGAAGGAGAUCGUGAAUCAUUUUAUUCGAUGUUUAUUCGUGAUCGUUCCUAGUCGUUUGCUUGGUCUGAGCUCGGGUCGCAAGAAAUCAACUGCUAUCAGUAAAACAUCUUGUAAUGUAUUUGAUCUCUUAGUUUGCGACAUAGUCAAUCGUCUAGCACGACUAAAUUGUAAACGCAAGAUCAAUUUCAGGGCACGAAAGCGAAGGAGAAGAAAUGGCGAAGACGGUAAAUAGCAAACGUAUAAGUAAUUAGUCGACGUAGAUGGAUUUGAAUUAUUAACUCUGAACUCAUUAAAUUCGCUUGGAGAGCGACCAAGUAACGUCGAUUUUUACCGCGUCGAUCGUGAGAGAGACAUUCUUAAAAAAAAAUCUUUGAACACUCACUACGCUUUUGAUAAGAAAGCGAAAUUCAAGCAUACAACGAUAUGUAAAAUUUUCAUGUCCGCAAAAUUAAACUUAUCCCCAAUCGGAAUCGAGAAAUAUAUUUUGUAAUUAGAUGGUUACAUCGAUUGUAUCUAUAUAUACAUAUAUUUGCUCUGACACAUUGACGAAUAUAAUUGUUCAAAAAAAGAGACUUGACGUAUAAUUAAAUAUUUCGAUGAAUGCGCGAGUUUGAGCUUAUUGAGAAUAUGAUUCAUGAUCGUUAAUUGUAAUUAAAGAUUUACAAUAUAGAUAAAUUUAUUGUAAAAAAAAAAAAGUAUAGAAUAUUUAAGAAAGUUUAGAAAUAAUUGAUUAUGUCACGAAAAAACAAAAAAUAUCUACCGGUUAUAAAAGCGUAUUCUAGCCUUUACACAAUUAGAACAACCCUCUUAGAAUAUUACUAUAAAGUUUGUAAAAUGGAUGAUUUCACUUAUUCGCAGUUAUAUUAUAGGACAGACAACGGAAACAGUAAAACAUGAAUAUACACCGAAUCAAUUUUGAGAAUAUUAUAAUAAGAGAUAGAUUUGAAGAGACGUAAUAAAUAAUAACAAUCUGUUAAUUUUAGAACUAUCGUACAAACUGUCGGCGCUAAAUUGCCUCUGUGCAAUAAAUCAUUUAUUUCAUAGUUGACAAAGUCAAAACGACGGGAAAAAGAAAAUUGGUAAAACCGAGAGAUAAUUCGCAUCUAAAAGUUAUAUUUUCAUCUAAGUGCUCAACGCGAUUUUGCAAGAAAUUUAACUUUUGCUCUUCAUAAUUUAUCACGCUAUAAGUUGCCGUAAAAUGAGCCGAGAGUGGAAGAUUAAUAAAUUCCCAUAGUAACUGCAUGAGAGAAAACCGAGUGAGAGAGAGAUAGAGCGCGGGUAGCAGUGAGAAAUCCAUUGUUACAAAAUUUUCAAUUUCCAAGUAAUUAAAAUAACUUGGGAUCCCGUUAUAAGAUAAAAUAUGUUCUACAUUAAAAGUGUGAAAUUAUCAUCUUAUUGUUUUAACGCUUUAUAAGGGUUUUCAUAUGUAUAGGGUAUUAUACACAAAGCGUUUUCUUUGAAACUUGACGUCGUAUUUAAAAAAUGUUUCAGACAAAAUUUAUAAGAUUUUGAGAGAGAAAAAGAUAUUGAUAAUCUUGAAUUUUAAUUAAGAACAUUUUUUUAAGGUAAAGAUUAACUUAUUGUUAGUUUUUUUAAAUGAAAUCACCCUAAUUUUCUUAUAUAAAUUGAUUUCUCGAAAAAAGAAUUAUCCGUCUGCAACAACAUAACGAGUUCUAAAACCAAGUUCAUAGUUGUUGUACGAAUCUUUUAAUUUUCCAACGGCAAUUAUAACCAUCUGUAAUUUAUCCAUUAUCCAAUCAAAUGAAUGAGACAUUUGCAAUUGAAUGAGACAUUCGUUCCUGACAUAUCGUGGAAUAAAACAAAUACUCACAGCAAUAUUUUUAUAGAAGCGGAUUACAAUGAGAUCGUUAUUCUCUCAUUUUCCGCGGAGUUCGUCGCUUCUCUCGAUGCUGUCUCAGCGAAGCGCUCUCUUUCGAGUCUCUCAACGGAAUCAAAAGAUUCUUGGAUGCUGAAAUGAAGCAGACUACAUCGUGUUUCCGCGAAGCUUUUAAGAGUAUCUUUCAGAAGAGACGGUUAGAGACGUACGUAUAUCCGGGCUGGUUUUCAAAGAAGGAAAACGAGGGAUGUGCCCGGUGAAUUUUUAAAAAACUACUCCCUUGAAGAUACACCCUAUUUAUUAUGCGAAAUUGGACAAUUGUCAGUUUAUCAUUCGUGCUUUAAAGAAUAUUUGAAAAUUUCUGUUAUUCUUGUGAAUGUAGAUACGGAAUUUCCAUUGCGAGUUUCAUGUCCGAUUUUGCGGAAAUCCCGGAAACCUAAUUACGCGCAUUUAUUCGAGAAAAAUUCUAAAUGCGUUGUCGAGGAUUUUGUCGACGUUAAUAGAUUGACUUAUAUCGAGGACGUCGAAAACGAGAAGAAGGGCACGGGAGAGAGCGCUGAGAGAGAGAAUUCGAAAUCAAUCGUCCGGUUUAUUCAUUUUAUUGCGGACGAACUUCCACCUGAGAUAAGAUCACGGAGGAGGUAAGUGAUUCUCGAUGCAAAUGCACCAUGAGUUUAAAAGUUAUAGGGGGGAGGGGGGUGAGUGCAUUAAGGUUCUCGUUUCAUCUCUGCGUUUAACAUUUUAUUGAGACCGUAACCGCUCCUGAUGGCUUGGCUCUCUCAGUCGGUUGGCGACGAUAAGAAUCUGGAUAAAAUCGUAAAUCUCGGCGGAAUAAUAAUUAUUGACCAUUUUUCGCGAGCUCCUAAUUAAAAAUCAUCUAUCUCACAUCUAAAUAUAAACAUUUGCGAGAUCUACGAGAAUGAACGAGAUUAUUUUCGCGAGAGAUCGGAAUCAAAGGAGACAGGUCAGCUUGUAAAAUAUUACCCAUAUAGCAUUUAUUAUAUUUGCGAGAUUUUACACUCAAGUAUUUUAACCGCGAGAAUACAUAAACACCAGAGGAGGAGAAAACUCGCGUCGACGGAAAUGCCGACGUCGAAUCGUUAUGUUGAGAAAUGACGAGCUAUAAUAAUAAAAAAACCAAAAUUUUUUAACUGGUCAGACAUUGUUAGAGUCACACGAUAGCAAGAGCGAUAGCGAAAAUGAACGAAAACGAGAGCAAACGAUAGUGAGAGCGAUACACGCAAAGCGAAAGCAAAAAAAAAACCAUAAAUAUACAUAUAUAUAUAUACACAUAAACAUUAUUGAUAAGCGAGAGAGAUGUACAUAUAUACAUAUAUGUGUAUAUGUAUACACACACAUAUAAAUGCAAAUAUAAUUAUAUACUAUAUUGUAUCCAGACGUCGUGUACGAGACAAGAUCUGUAGGCUUAAGUAUUAAGACAUCAUACAACUUGCGAACCGCAAAACUUGUUGCGGGAUCCUAGAUCACGGCAGCGAUUUCAGCUUUAUUUAAGGAUCAAUGUGAAAAGAAGAAAUGUGUGAUAAACAGUCUCUUGUUUUCGCGGCAUAAUCGAGAAAAGGAUUCCGGAUGGAAUUCUAUUUUAGAUUAACUCGAGCUCUCGGAUCUGUCUCUAUUUUAGCGUUUGUCGACUUUCAAAUAUGACUUUCAAUCGGACGGCACACAUUAAUAUCUUUUGAUUCCCAAUUAGUCACCGUAGGUGCAAAAUGAUCUGCGCUAAAAUAGCCAUUUAUUCGUUUAUUCGAAUAUCUCACACGUAUAUAUACACACAGAUACACACACGCGCGCGCGCGCACACAAUAUUCUUUAGAUAAAAAAUUAUAAAUUUUCAAAAAAGUAGAUUAUAUUUUCUAACUAGAGUGAGAUAGAAGUGUAUAUUCGCGCGAUUCAUUGAAGAUUAGAUUAUAAGAAAAGUCUCUGAAAGCUAGUAAUAGAUUUACUCGUGAUUUAAACGCGUAUAUGCAUACAUAUGCCGUAUGUACAGGGUGUUCUAUAUGAAUCAAUAUAGUAAAGUAUGAUUGUUGUAGAAGCAAAGAAUUAAGAAACAGAAAAAAAAAAUUACACACACAAGGAUAUCGUCAUACAUCGUAAGCUCAUACAUUAGAGAAUCCAUUUGGUAUUGAUCCGGCUUUAUGCAGGCUUAUGGAUUCUCUCACAAGUUUGCGGACAGUCGAUUUCGAACAUCGCGACAAAAUUAUACUGAUUUUUAACGAGAUCACACGAGUAAAAUGAACUCUGAGAUAUUUUGGCAAUUGAGCUCGCGUAACUUAAUUCGGUGUACAUACAUUGUCAAAAUUAUACGGAGCGGACAAGAGAAAUUUAACCGGGAGGUAUUAGGAAUUUUAGAAGGGAAAUUUCAUUUCGAGAGCUUUUGCGCAAUGGCAUUGACGAUACUGGAAAUUUCAGUCAGCCUUGUCAGCUCACGCGACUCUGCAAUCAGACUCGAACACCACGUGUAUGUGAUACACGUCGCACCCCGAGUAUUUCUGUGUUCACGAACGAAUUGAAUUUCUCUCUCUCUCUCCACUUUGAUCUGAAAUUGAUAUCUUUUGUACAGAUGCCUCGAAAGAGAGAACAUUACUGGGGUCAGGUAUUUGCGAAUCUUUCGAAAGUGUUUUGCUCCAAACCUUAAUGUCCCUGUAUAUCUCCUUAUUUUUAUAUAUUAUUAAACUUAUUCAAAUACUUGUCACAAAAAAUCAUUUAUGCGGAUCUUAUGUAUUUACAGAUUUAUUAUGUACAAUAUAAAGAUGUGCGCCAAUAAAUGAUCGGGUAAUAUACAAUUAUUUCUGUAGCCAUUACAUAUUGUAUAUAUAAUAUUAUUACUUUUUCAAAAAUGUCAACGAUACUAGUUUUCAGAGAAAGAAAGAAAAAAAGGAAAGUUUUUUACAUACAUUAUAAAUUAAAACUAGGGGGAAAUCUUGAUUAACUUACAUCUCACGGAAAGGAAAAUAAUAGUUUCUAACAAUAAUGUUCAUUAACCGAUCAUUUAUUCGUGCAUAUAUAUUCUUUUAUGAUUUUUUAUUUUAUUUUCCUCAGCACACUAAAAUACGUAUAUCGUGUCUUACACAAUUUACGGAUAAUCUUCGUUUUAGUGAAAUUAGCAUGCUUAAUCAGCGCCUUUUAUUUUCGUAUUCAAUAGAGUCAUAUUUGUUUGUUCUUUCGAAGCUUUCAAUGCAUUUUGCUUUCACAAAAAAGAAACGAAAAGAAAAAGCUUUUUUGCCGCGAAAAAUCAAACGAGUCAAAAAAUUAAACAUUUUAGAUCUCAAAGAUCUGGCUAAUCCAAACGCUCAAGCUUAUCAGAAAUAAAUUUUGCAAAGUAUUUUUUCUAUUAGCUUCAUUAACAGGAAGAAUUAAUGCAGGAUUCAUCGUAUCGCGUUGACAUAAUGACGAGAUCUAUUAACAAAAAGUAAGCCAGAUUAAUGCCAGAGAUCGGGUGGAUUCUAUCGAACUCUUUACGGCAUAUUGGAAAAUGAAAAUUAGUAUCAAUAUUUAACUUAAUAUGCCAUUUAAAUACUUACAUUUAUUUCCACCAAUCUGUCAUUGCAUACUACAAUCGAUGGAUCUGUGCUUGAUUUUCGCUCUGUCUAUCUAAUUUCACAUUAUAUGUACAGUAUCAAAACUUUUUUACAGUCUUUCAAUUUUUUGAUUUAAAAAUAUUUGUCUGAUUUCUCUCACUGAAUAUAAUUAGCUUGAUACUGUAUUUACCGUAACUCACGCGCGAGCAUCUCUCAUAAAACGCAAAUAUUCGAAAUAUUUCAGAGUCAAUACAUUACUACAUGAUGAUUUGCGUUCUUAUAUAUAAUACGUGAUUGUCCGAUUGACGAUAGUUCGCGUCAACGAUGUAGUUACUAAAACGGCCAUCUCGUUGAUAUACUAAAAACCUUGCCCUGUUUCGAAAAAUAAAACUCGUCGGAAAUAUACGAAAUCUUCCAUUUACAUAUCAUCUACAUAGAAAAAGAUAAAUAAAUAUAUAUAUAUAUGUAUGUGUGCGCAUAAAUGUGUGAAGGUGCGUGUUUCAUAUAUCAAUGUUACAAUCAUAGAAUAUAUUAUUUGUUACCCAAUCGACAAAUACGGCCGUUAAUUAGCAUCGAUCUACGGAUCGCUGAAUAAAAGAUUUAAAAAAAACAAUGAUAGAAGAAGGAGAAGGAAAAAAGGAAGGGGUUAAUUCUGUAUUUUAAUUAAACAAGCAGAACAAAACUAUUUUCUCUACAGAUCAAUCAUCGGCUCUAACGUCAAUCGGCUUAAAAGAGAUAGUACUUUGGCAUAUCGACUGCAGCAUUGCAUGUCAGAAACAUGACGGAAAUACAUGGUAUCUCUCGACAGUGAAAUGAGAAUAUAAAUAUAUGCUAUAUACUUGCGAUAAGUUUAUACGAUGUGUCACGCACUUCUUUUAAACAUACAUUGUCCAUUUAGAUUAAAAAUGAAAAAUGAUAGAAUUUUUAUAACCACAUGAAAUAUAAAAUUUAAUAUUGAAUUAUUCCGGUAAAAUGAGUUUACAAAAAUAUUAGCAUAAAUAUCAAAAUCUCGACUCUCUUUAAAUUAAUUUGAAAUAUAUUUCGCAUAAACAAAAAUUUCACUUGGCUAUUAAUUACUAAAAAUGUUAAUAUUAAAAAUUUAUAGCAUAUAACAAUUUUCAUUCUCUAAGUUUCAUCGAGAAAAGGUCAAUUUCACAUAAAGUCAAUUUUGUUAAAAAAUUCCGAGUUUCCAUUCCACUAACUUAAAAGAUGCUGUAGAUGACAAAAGGAAACAUGACGCAGGAACAGUGUGUAGUAGCAUGUAUAUGUUUUGUGUGUGUAUUACUCUUCUAAAGAAUAUUUUAUAAAAAGUGUAAAAACUAUUCUUUACUUAUUUAGUAUCAGAAGUGUUCUCCUAAAUGACGCCAAUAAUUUAGGAAAAAAUUUUUCGCAAUAUGAAUUUGUUGAAAAAUUUUUCUGUCGUCUUCUUUCGUAAACAAAUUCUUUUUCUCAACGCGAGAAAAGUUGAAGCAAGUCGGGUUUCAUACGCGCAUUUUUUUGUAUCAUUUGUCUUUUCUUCUAUAUAUAUAAAAAUCACUCUUAUAUCAAACACAAACACGUGGUUUUGUAAGACUUUUCUUUUUAUAAACUGCUUACUUGCAGAUUAAUAUUUCAUGUCUUACAAUUAAAUAUGAAAGAAGUAGUCUUUAACGAUUUAAACUAUUCACAUAAAUUUUAUCAGGAUUUGCAUGGAACUUUUUUUGAAAUUCUAUAUUUCGCUACCCUUUAAUAGCUCUACUUUAAAAAGAUAAUUUUAUAUCAGAUAUUCUCUCUUUGUUCGGUAAUCUAUUCAUAAUAAAAUGCAGACACAUAUUACUUUUAUUCGUGCAGUAAAAUCAGAUAAUGUUUUUUAUACGUUGAGCAUCCAUUCUUUAUAACCGGAUUUUUUACAAUUGGAUUUACGAUGGAAGAAGAUAGUACCUAUAAACGGCAGAUACCCAAACACACACACAACGGGAAAGUCCGAAAAAAGAUCCAAGAAAUAAGACAAUGCAUUUCCGAGGUUGAAUUAUUCUGAAAUGUCGUAAGAUAUUUCUCCGAAAUAUUAAACGCUAUGCGAAAUCUAAAAACACCGUAAUAUUCAAGUCAGCAAAAUAAGAUGUUAUUACGAAAAAUUUAUUAUUCGAGUAUUAUCAUUUUCCAGUUAUAUAUAUACACAUAUAAAUAUAUAUAUACGUAAAUAUCUCUUUUUAUAUUUACUAAUAAAGUUUCAAGAUUUUCAAAAAUUCUAUUUAACUUGAGAUUUUUUAUUAUCUUUUUCUCGAGUAUUUUGCAAAAAUAUAUUUUUAUUACUUAGUUUUGUUUCAAUUCUGGCAUUCUUAUUUUUGCGCAUCAACAAAUAUAUAUUUUUAUUUUUACAUCUAUUUUUUUCUAAGAAAUGCAUAUUGCAAAUGUGUUUCUCAUAUUCAAUAAUGAAUAAAUAAGUUGAAUAAUAAAAAAUUGUAGUCUCCCACAGUAACUUUAAGUAAUGGAUAAAAAGAUUUAUUGUUAUUAAAAAUUUAAUAAUAGAUUGAAGUAACGAAAUGAUUCUAUCAAUCAUGCAAAAACUUUUGCAAAUUAAUAUAUAUUUGACUAUAUACAGUGCAUACACUGGCUAUAUAUCAUUAUUAUCGUUUCAACUUUUUUAUUCGCGUAUAUAAUGCACAUAAUAAUUUUUAAUUUUUAAUAUCACAGAGGAGGAACAGUUGCUUGCAAUACUAUUUAUAAUUUUCUUAGCUCUGCAAUUUUUAACUUUUUUACAAAAACGAUUUGCUAUUAUACGGAUAUGAAUCAUUCUCGAUUCAUAGCGCGACCUGAACACAGAAGGACGGAAAAUCUCUGAGAUCCCUCCGCUUUACAUAGUCGAGAACGGUAUGUAAAACGACGACGAAAGUCGCUUCUGGCAAUAGUCGCUAUCACGGGUCUCGUGGAAUCGCAUGGGAUCGAUAAUCGACCAUAACGUUCGACGAUUUUUCAAAAUUUGCUCUCGCGCCGAGUACCUUAAUGCCCAUCAAAGGGCGAGUUACGAGCAAUUUGCGCGUGGCGGACGCGCGCCACCAUUAAAUCGUUCCCUUGAAAUCCGGUGAUGGAUCACAAAGGCGUGACCUCGUUUCCCCUCCGAUGGCACUGUCGGGAGUAACCAGGUGCACUUGCACAACUUCGUCAUUCUGACGAGCAAUCUGCCGUCGCGUUCUCGCUCGCAACGAGCGAUGUGACUAACAUAAGAGACACUGAGCGAGUUUAAUUGCACCGACGUAUCUAAUAGAAAUUGCACGCAGGAAAUUGUCUCGCGGGCGAUGCAUUUUUUUAGACUUUUUGAAUAACGAGUCGCCAAUGCUUGUCAGCAUUUUUCGUCGACGAGACGAAAAAUUGCCGUGAUAAUGAGCUCUCGUGUAAUUGGGGCGACAAUAUAAUACAAGACGGAGCAUUAUAGACGAAAGAAAUAAGAUACAAAUGCAAAGGAUUAUACAAUAUCCUAAAUUAUAUAAAGUAUCUUUUCAUCGAUAUCUCAUUUCCUUUUGGCCGUGGAUUCUGUGACUAAUGUAUGAUCGAUUGUUGCUCGAUUAUAGUCAAGAGAAUAAAAAAAUUCUCUUGUAUAAAUUACACCAACUCCAAAAGCGCAAAUCAACAAUAUACAACUUUAUUCUACGUUUUGUUCAAAAUUGAUUCUACUUUAACAAAAUUUUUAAUGUACAAAUUAAAUUUGUAAAAAUAUUUUAUUUGUCAAGAGUUUGAACAUUUAUCAAAUUGUGGACUCUCGUUAAAUUAUUAAAGAGAAACAGGAAUGAGAAAAUACACGAGGUAUUUUCGGGUCAAGGAAUCUCCGCGAUAAACGUGGAAUAUAUUCUAUAUAAAAUAUAAAAAAUGUGUGUCAUAUAUACUCGCAUAUGCAAGAUACGAAGGAAAAAAGACAAAAAAAGGAGAAAAUAAAUAUAUAUUUGUGUUUUAAAGAGAUAAAUAUAUUUGUGUUUUAAAGAGAAAAAAAAAGUAAAAGUGAAGAGGAUAAAGGGCAAGAUAAUAUUAAUAGGGCCUAUAGGCUGUUUAGCGUUCUAUGCGCUCUUCUUGUUAACGAUUAGCAUGCCCUCAUACAUAUCAUUAGAUAGUCUUUUAUUCAUCGAAGCGUCCAGUGAAAAUAAAUUAGGAUUAGUGCCUCGACGAUGCAUUCACAAUAAUCGGCUACGCAGGUUGACACGAGCAAAAAUGUUAUGCUUUGUCGUUUACGGAACGAGAGAAGUUAGAAUUUUUAAGAUUUCUCACGCAAUUUCGAAAAAAAUUCCGCGAUAUGUGAUGAAGUUGUGUUUUUUGGAAAUUAUAUCUAUAUAUGGGAGACACAUGUAUAUUAUUUUUAUACAUGUGUCGUAUUAUAUUAUUUUGUUGCUAGUAACAACACAAGCAAAAAUGAAAGAAUUUAAUGUGACAUUCUUAAAUUUUUCCGAUUUAUAAUUUUUGAAAAACUGGCUUAUGCUUUCGAUAAUACAAUACAAAAGCUAAUCUAUACGUAUAUGUAUUUUAUGUUAAUUACACAAGUCAUCAGCGAAUUUACAUCGAUAAUAUUACGAUGCGAGAUACUUUCAAAUAAAAAUGUAGCAGAUAUAGAUAUAAUACUUUGGUGCAUUUUUAUUCGAAAUAUUAUUGGUAGUAUUGGCUGGAAAAUUUUUGAAAAUAUAUUAUUUACAAUAAAGAGGCAUUUUUAAAAAUGUAUGCAAGUUUAAGAGUUUGUUUGUUUUUAUCAAGAAAAGUGAGCCUACUUUGCAUGUUCCAUUUAAGCGACAAAAUAAUUCAUUAAUUUGUGUCAUCCUGUAGAACAGAGGUGUACAACAAACGUAUGAAUUUAUUAUCGUUUCCUUUUUUAUUUUUCUGCCAAAUUUGAUUUAUUUAUGUAAAACAGAGUGUAUAUAUAAUUAUAAGAAUUAAUCCCAUUUUCUAAUAUAUUAUAUAAUAAAAUUCUCUCAAAAAUUCUUUUAUUUUAGCUAAUUAUGAGUUUUAACUAAAAUAAUAAUAAUUUCUUUCUAAGCUCGCAGUUAUUAAAAUCUGUGAAUAAAUUGCUUUAUAUGCCUGAUUACAUGCGUUCAAUUGCAUGAAUAGUUUACAAACGAAAAGAUUAUCAGAAAAAGUUUAUGUUGCACAAUUGAUUUUUACUUAAAUUAGAACGUUGCUGGUUUUAAUAUUUCGUGUUUUGCACCUCUGCUGCAAAUAGAUUGUUCCUACUCAAGCCGAGAACCCCGAAAGGAGGUCGCGUAGUUGUAUGCGAUAUAUAGAAACUUUAAUUGUUCUGUAUUUUUGUGUGAGAUUUAACUGAAAUGUGAGUCGCUUCUCUGUCCAGAAUAAUUCAAAUGACACACAUACCUGCAUAUCGACAUUCUCGUGAGAGAAAGAGAUAGCUAGAGAGGAAAGAAAGAACGAUAAAGAGUCGGAUACAUUGAGUGCAUCUCGCAUACAUCAGGUCGUGCAUUUUACGCUUUAUGUGAUGCACAAUUUGAUAUUUGAAUAUAAUGAAAGUUAUAUUUUUAAUUUGUUCAAUUAUUUAAAAGAUCACGCGUUAAAGUUCGUAAAAUAGCGUAAACGGAAAAAAUAGUGUAAAAAUCAAUUGUGUUGUUACGUAUAAUCCAUUACCUUUAUUUUAUUUUUUCCGGAAUUUUUUAUAAGCGAUUACUUUCAAAUCUUUCUCUGCGUAUUGUGUAUCAAUCGAAAUCAAAUAUGAUAAUUGUAAGUGAACCGUAUUAUAGUCGAAUAUGCCAAACCUCCUUCUACCCGUUUUCUUAAUACAUCCUCUGCUUCUCAUUUAAUAAUUCUUGAAUAUAUUUUAUCGACCAUGGAUUAUUAUAUACUAUAAUUUAGCCUUAUACGAAAAUAAAGUUGCGCUAAUUAAACAUUGGCUUAAUCAUUUUGUAAAAAAUAAAAUUAAAAAUAUUUGAUUUCAAGCGAUACGUGUGUGUAAUAUCGUAAGUUUAUGCAAUUAAUUAUUAUCACUUUUAUACAUUCUCUAUUAGAAAUUUCAUUAUUAAUACAAAGCAUUAAUAAAAUUUGGGCGUUGUUAGUUUACCGUUAAUAGCGAUCGAGUAAAUGUAUAGUAUACAUAGAAUUUUAAUAUAUCAAGAAAAAAUUAAUUUAAAAUAAUGAUAGAUAAUAAAGUUCUUGUAUGGACUAUCGACAAAAACAACAAAAAUAGGAUAACGAAUAAAAAUACAAGAAAAAAUAAUUAAAAUAUUUAGUUCCUGUAUUAGCAGCGGCAGUAAUAUUUUAUAUCGUUUGCUUAUCUUCUAUUUUAGCAUACAUUCGAGAUUUUGUGCAUUUAAAAAAAUUAGAGGAUUUAAGUUAUAUUUAAUCUAAAGAUUAUUUUGUAUAUGUUUAGUUAUAAGUGAGAAUUGCGCAUCAAUCGUAAAUAAUGGCGUGUUAAAAUAAAAGUGCGAUCUGUUAAU